AUGAGACGAGAGGCGGCUUGGCGCAUACACUACAUCUGUGGGGCGCUGACGAUCGGGAUUACGAGCGUCCACGGGUCACUCAACGUGGCAGAGAAUGGCAUUCUUCGGGUUUUGUCCAAUCCCUUUUGGUUCUGUGGGCUUGCAAGUCUCCUCGCCAUGAUCAUGGCAGUUCUACCAGCCAGGCUGCUCAGGCUGCCAUACGACCAAUUCAAGCAGCUACAUUUCCUGAGCGUUGCCGGGUACUUCCUCGCCCUGGCACACAUGCUGGGCCAUGCCGUGCAGCUGCAGACGAUUGCGUCGGUCUCGAUGGCAACGUUGAGUGCUUCACUCUUGUGUUUGUAUGGGCUUCAGAAGUUGUAUGUUCGCGCGUCAACGUAUCAUGUGGAAGUCCGAUCGGCAAGCGUCGCAUCCGAUGGAUCUGGCAAGCAUCUCUUUCUAUCACUGGAAGCCACAGGCUUCUCCUUCAAGGCUGGACAAUGGGGUCACCUCCUUGCAGAGCAAAUCUCUUCAGUUCCUCACCCCUUCACGUUGGUACCUGGAGAAGGAGACGGGAAGCUGCAAAUCUUCAUGAAGGUCCACAGCGGCUUCACAGACAAGCUUGCCAAAGCCUGCCAGCGUGGCCGGGAGCUGCGACUACAGCUGCAAGGACCCUACGGGCUGCCUCCAUGGCCCUUGCCGGGAGUUGCUCGAAUGGUCUUCGUACUCGGUGGGGUCGGAGUCACACCCGCUUUGUCCUUGGCACCAGCAGCAGCUCAGAAAGCUCAAAAGGUCUGUGUCUUCUGGUCCUUGAAGAGCCUGGCCCUCUUGGAAAAGGCGGCGCCGCUGCUGGAGCCCCACCUGGACCCAAGAAGUUCUGUGCAAAUCGCGGGAGCCGGCGAAGCCAGCGAUCGGCCACUCCCCCUAAAGGCCCAUCGCAACAGGAUGGACGCCGGGGACUGGCUCGUGAAAUUGAGCGAGACUUUUCCAGACGAAGGCGCCCUUCAAGGUCAAGUCAUGGUCUUUGUUUGUGGUCCGCCCCGGCUGGUUGUCGCCACGAAAGCAGCAGCUGGCAGGCUUGCGUGGCACGUCCACGUUGAGGAGUUUGCUUUCCUGCCGUCGAGCUCUGGAAGCUCUGACUCCAUGGUCCAGACCCAGGAGCCGCAGGUCCUCGGACGACGGGCAGCGACUCCGGCUCUGGAGGAGGAGCCGGAGCCUGCGGAGGGCGCGCCCACGUGGGCUCGGGGGGAGGAGCAUUUCGUGGCCGACGGAAGCAGGGCUGGGAGCAGGAGCCGCUGUGCCUUCUGCCUGCCGCGGCUCGCAUCACUGCUAAACUGA